AUGGCAAAUAUAAUACUUCUAUUCCUAGAUUCUCUAUCCAAGAGGUUUUUUUUUGACAAACGCCUAAUUUUAAUCAAGAAGGGUAAUGAUGAAAAUUCAAAGUCUCAGGCUAUCCGCGAUAUGGUGAUUAAGUCAUUAAUGAGUAGUCAUAAGAAUGUUUUAAAGCUCAUAGGUUGUUGUCUAGACUUCGACAUUCUUGUUUCAGUGUAUGAACAUGCAGUAGGCGUAAGUAUGGAAUUACUUUCCAAACGUUUGUACGAAAGUGAAGGUGGCAUGGCAGAGAAUGGAGAGUCAUCAUCAUUGACGUGGAAAAGUAGGCUAAAGAUUGCAAAUGACAUCGCGGAUGUUGUUAUUUACAUGCACACUGUAUUUUCAGCACCCGUCCUCUUUAGGGACCUAAAACUAAGUAAUAUUAUCAUAGAUCAAUCUCGUGUUGCUAAAUUAUUGGAUUUCUUCUUAUCUAUAUUAAUUCCUCCGAGAGAAACACAGGUUGAAGACAAGGUAUUUGGGACAUGGAAAUUUAUAGAUCUGAGUACAUGUUACCGGGCUUUCUCACUGAGAAGUCCGAUGUUUAUAAUUUUGGUGUGAUUCUUCUUGAACUUCUGGAAGGAAAAAGAUCCAUCUCGUCCCGUGACAUAAAUCAGCAAUCCUUACGAGUAUGGGUGAAAGACUCUGUAGAAAAGGAUCAGUUCAAUGAAUUUGUGGAUUCAAGAAUUCUGAAAGAAAGAGGAGGAAUUGUGCAAGAACAACAAUUACAAGCUCUACUAGCACGUGCCAUGAGAUGCAUCCAAGAAAACAAAGAAGAUAGACCAAAAAUGCACGACAUCACAAAAGAACUCAGACGAAUGCUCAAGUCUGAUUACCUCUCCUCCUCAACUCAACCAUAAUAAUCCUCCAUUUCUAAGAAGAUGACGACUACAACGACUAUAUGCUUCAUGCAUAGUCACCAAUGCAUACAAUUAUGUAUUACAUAUUAUAUAUGCUACUACCCAUCUCUCUGAUUGUUAUAUAUUGUUAAACCAUUCUGUUUGGCUCUCCAUUGUUUGUGAGGUAGAAAACUUUUGCUCUACAGAUAAUUAUUCAGUGUAUAUAUAUAUAUAUAUAGCAACAAUUUUAAUGUUAGAAAUCUUAUGUGGUGUGUUCUGAUUAAGGGUGGGCGCUGGUGGGCGCGGAUCGGUUACGGCCACGGAACCUCCAAUCGUCAUCCGUCCGCUAGAUUAACGGAUUGGAGAAAAUCAAUCCGCAUUCGUUCGCCAAUCCGGUGGAUGUGGAUUGAACGGAUUGGCAGUUGGAUGCGAAUCAGUUUAGCGGUUUAAAAUUUUAUAAAUUUUCAAUAUAAUUUAACUUGUGUACUU